AUGGAUGACUGGAAAAGUCGACUUGUAGUCAAGAGCAUGCUUCCCCAUUUCGCCGUGGUGGGAAAUCGUCAGGAGCCCAGAAAGCUCCAGGAAUCGGCACAGAGAACCACUAAGCGGAGACAGGAAGGAGAAGAUUUCCAGCUUUCAGGCAUGGGUGACGAGGGUUACCCUAAUAAAAUCAAGAGACCAUGCCUUGAGGAUGUCACCCUUUCGAUGGGCCCGGGUGCCCAUCCCAGCACAGCCUGUGCACAGCUGCAAGUUCCUGCGUUACCCGUGAACCCUAGCUCUGCAGCGAUGGCAGCCCCUGGCCAUCCGUUACUACUGGACAAUAGCACCAGGAAUGGCAGUGUCAUGGGCCCACCAUUUGCAGAGCCACCAACAGCAGAAAUGGGAGUGAAAGGCUCCUCUAUUCCUUACUAUGACAAAACCAACAACACACCGGCUGUGGAUCAGGAACUUCAAGAUCUGCUGGAGGAGCUCACAGAAAUUCAAGAAUCUUCUCAGAGUGAGCUCGAUCUUGAGAAAAUCCUGGGGAGCAAGCCGGAAGAACCACUGGUCUUACACCACCACCCACCGGCAACCUUAGGUGCAACUGCCAAGCCCACAGUUCAGAUGCCACACUUGGAGAGCCUCAGUUCCAGCAAGGACUUUGCUUCAAGUUGCAGCCAGGUCACUGGGGUGUCGCUUCAGAUCCCACCCUCCUCUGCGGGGCUCAGCUAUGCAGUUACACCUCCCAGUAAGCAGAUGGCCUCCCCAAGUUCCUCGACCGUGAAGGCCAAGAAUCAGGCCCAGGCAACACUCUCAGCCGCCCUGCCGCCACUCCCAGUGUCUCAGUGGCAUCAUGCCCACCAGCUGAAAGCGCUGGCAGCCAGCAAGCAGGGCUCCAGUAAGAAGCAGCUGGGCCCCACCACCAGUUGGUCUGCCCUGCCUCCUCCUGGCCUCUCCCCGCCUUACCAGCCGGGGCCCGUGGUCUCACCACAGCCGCUGCCACCCUUCAGCCCUCAGGGGCUCAUGGUGUCCUGUAUGUCAUCGAGCAGCCUGCCGGGGAGCACCCUCCAGGGCUCUCCCAACGCUUUACUAUCCAGUCUGGCGCCCAGCAGCAGCACCGUCCUCGGGCCGGCCAGGCCCUACGCGCCAGAGAAGUUCCCUAGCUCCACGCUCCAGCAGCCACCACCAUUGAGCGCGCAGACCUCCAGCCUUGCCAACCUGGUGUCCUCUUCCGUCAAACACCCGCAGGGGCAUGAGAUGUCUGCUCUGCCCACCAGCAGCACGGGGCCCUUAACUCCCUAUCGUCCAGAGACACUGUCCAGCCCAGGCCUGCCCCAGCAGUCCUUCACUGCACAGUGCCCCCUGGUCCAGGGCGUCACCACCUCCACUCAUCCGCUCUGCCAGCCACAGCCACCAGCCAGUGCCGUCUACAAUCCCCAAACCCUGAGCAUGGCCAUGCAGCAGGGCCUGACCAGCCCCAGCCCGGGAGCCUCAGAGCCCUUUCCUUUUGGCCACACCAAGCCCUUGUCACAUCUCGUCUCUGAGCCAGGCCCCCAGAGGAUGCCGUCAGUGCCCACCACAUCUCGGCAGCCUGCCUUGCUCCACUACCUGCAGCAGCCCACACCACCGCCGGCCUCUUCUGCCACGGCCUCGUCCACGGCCACAGCCACCUUGCAGAUGCAGCAGCAGCCGGAUCUUUCUUCGUUCCUCCUGCAGCAUGUGACGCAGCAACCGCAGCGCUUUCAGCGGUCUCUGGCCUCGGAUUCCAUGCCUUCUCUGCCCAGACAGCAAGAGAAGCAGAGAUCAGGUCUUAUGGCAAUGACCCCUGAACAGCGCAGUUCACGUAUCACCCAACGGAUGAGUCAAUUUCAAGCCAACCAAGGUCAAGUCAUCUCCAAGUGUAGCCGGACCAAGGCAAGCUCCCUACCCAGCCAGCGCAUGAUACCACCCAGAGCUGGGCUCCUUCAUAGCGGUCUGAGUUCAGGAAUGGCCUCACCCAUCAGGCAACAGAGCCAGGAGACCAUGCGCAUGUUCUCACCAACCCCCUGCAGGCAGCAGGGGAUUUUCAGCUUCAGCCCCCAGUUUCCCACACCUUCACAAUUGGGCCACAACCCCCCGGGCAGCCUUGGCUCCAUCAACCAGCACAUGGGGAUGCCCAAUGCUGCUCCUGCAGGAGUGCCCCUGCCUAGAUUCUGUCCCAGCCCCCAGGGCAGCCAGGCUCUGGGUCCUCACCAGCUCAGACAGCCCCAUAUAUCAGGAAUGUCCACCGUGCUCCACAGCACUGCCUUGGUGGUGACAGCAACAUCUCUGCACACCCCAGUCUUGAGGGAGUCACCCCCGAGCCAAGCAGCUCAUGGCAUGCAGCAGCAUUAUGAUACCCACGCCAUCUUUACCAAGACCCUUGUGACAACCUCCCUGGGAGCCCCAGUGUUACCCUUGCAGCAGGCAGUUGUGUCCCCUAGUCAGGUGGCCCCAGAAAGCAGACCUAGCCAGAAGGCGGGUGCUGCCCCCGCCAAGCGCAGCUUCAGCCGGCUGGGCAAACGGAGUGCCAGAAAGAGCCUGGUGCAGGGCCCCGUGCCCAGACCACAUGCCACCAAGUCCCUCAAGCAAGGUAUGGUCAGCCUCGGGCCUGAGAGUCCCAUCCAGGCCAUUGAGCCACCAAGCUCUGUAGCUGCUGCUGCUGCUGACACCUCCAUUGUGGCUGCCGGCCAGUCCCAGGCCAGUCCCUGUGACAGAACAGGGAACCCCUCUGAGUUGUCGUCCCAGUCCACACUGGACGAUCUUAUUUCAGUCCCUGAAUGUUCUGUAGUGGAUUUCAUAGAUGCUCUCAUGGAUUCCACCGAGAGCCCAGAUGAAGACUGGAUGGGCAACCUGAGGCUGAUCAGUGGCACUGUAGACCAGGCUGCUGAUGAGGGUGCUGAGGCCCAGAGUGCAGGUGAUGUCCCCAAGAAUGCUGACAAGCUUUAA